GAGACCGGCAAAUAGACCAAAAGAAGUCUGCCGGCCACUCUCACCUAUACAUUGACCUAUUUCAACGACUUCAAGUACAAUUGUCUCGCCGUGAUCAAAUUCCUUCUUAAGUUCCCACUUCCCACACUGGAGUCCUCUGCUUUAGCAUUCUUCACUUCGUUUGAGUACUUUUGACACAAAAAUCCUUAAUAACCUCCUUGGGAUUACAUCAAACCAUAUCAUUCAUGGACUCGCUCCCCCCAAUUCCACAUGCAGAUCCUGCGCUAAUAGCUCAGGAUUUCGUUCCGUUCUUUCGAGUUUACAAGGAUGGCCGCGUCGAAAAAUUCCUCCAAGCUCCCUUCGUCCCUCCAUCAGACUCGGACGAUCCCCAGAGCACUGGUGGUGUCCGAUCAAAAGACGUCAUCAUUUCACCGGAAACCCAAGUAGGUGCACGCUUGUAUCUUCCGGCCACGGUCAAACCCGACGAGAAACUUCCUGUCCUGAUCUACAUCCACGGGGGGGCCUUUGUCAUCGGAUCAGCUUUCAGCGUCGUAUACCAUAACUAUCUUACCUCCGUAGCAGCUGAGGCCAACGUCGUCGCCGUGUCCAUCGAGUACAGGUUGGCUCCAGAGCACCCUAUCCCCGCAUGCUUCGAUGAUUCCUGGGCAGUAACAAAAUGGGUCGCCUCCCAUGCCAAUAGACAAGGCCCCGAACCCUGGUUCAACAAUCACGCCGACUUUUCAAGGGUGUUUUUGGCAGGUGACAGCGCCGGAGGCAAUAUUGCACAUUACAUGGCGGUCAAAGCCAGCCGAGAAGGGUUGGGGGAUGGUGUGAAGCUUGUGGGGUUGAUUUUAGCGCAUCCAUAUUUUGGCAAGGGAGGGCGUGAAGAAUUAUGGGAGUACAUCACUUCAGAUUUCAAAGGGUGGGAUGAUCCAAGGCUUAAUCCCAUGGCGAGUUCUGGAUUGUUGUCGGGCCUUUUGUGCGAGAAGAUUCUGUUGUGUACAUCGGAGACAGAUUUCAUUCGAGAUCGGAGUUUGCAUUACAGUGAGGCGCUGAAGAAGAGCGGAUGGAGGGGUGAAUUGGAGGUUGUGGAUGUUGAAAAGGAGGGCCAUGUUUUUCAUAUACUGAAUCCAAGUGGCGACAAUGCUGGAAUCUUGAUGAAACGCCUGGUUUCAUUCUUGGGAAAUUAGGCCCCGAUGAUGCUGUUUUGAUUUUCAGUUUGCUGCCUGCCGUCGUCCGUACGUUACUUUAAAGUUUCAAUGCAAAAAAAAAAAA